UCUCCUCCCUGUGCUGAGACAUGAGCGGCGCCGGCAGCAGGACUUGAGUCACUGGCCGCCCACAUGCCCUGGAUCACCACCAGCCUUGGGGAGAAGGUGUGCGAGGCGAGUUGUUGCAGUCGGGGAGAUGGCGAGGUGGAGGUGGUGAUCGGUCAGCAUCGCGUUCCCUCUCUGUGCCGCUGCUGCUCCUCGCUGCGCGACAAGCCGCUUUGCCACCGGACCCAUGCAGGCCAAAAAACGCUACCUUUUACUCUCAGCCGGCGCCUGUCUCCUAUUGCUCGUGUACCUGGCAGCGGUGCAGUUUCGACAGCUCUCCUACUCCGGGAGGAGGCAGAGCCGACGCUGGGCUGCUGAUGGGGACGAUGGUUUGCUUUCGGCUCCCGAUCGCUGGCCCGAGUGGUCCAACUCGUUGCAGAGUUUCUCUGCCCGGGAAGAGCAAGACGGGAACGAGGAGUUUGCCCAGCGUGGCUCCCCCAGGCACAAGCGGGAGGUCCACUCCGGGCUGUACAAGGGGAAGAAAUGCCGCAUGGAGUCUUGCUUUGAUUUCUCCCUGUGCCAGAAAACCGGCUUCAAAGUCUACGUUUAUCCACAGCAGAAAGGGGAGAAGAUCUCCGAGAGUUACCAGAAGAUCCUGGCAGCCAUCGAGAACUCCAAGUUUUACACCUCGGAUCCCAGACAGGCGUGUCUCUUCGUGCUGAGUUUAGACACUUUGGAUCGGGAUCAGCUUUCGCCGCAGUACGUACAUAACCUGAAAAGCAAAGUGCAGAGCCUGUACUUGUGGAACAAUGGCAGGAACCAUUUGAUCUUUAAUCUUUAUUCGGGUACCUGGCCCUAUUACACGGAGGACCUGGGCUUCGACAUCGGCCAGGCAAUGUUAGCCAAAGCCAGCAUCAGUACCGAGAAUUUUAGAAGCAAUUUUGACGUUUCCAUACCUCUUUUUUCGAAAGAUCACCCAAGGACCGGAGGAGAGAAGGGUUACAUGCUAUUUAAUAAUAUCCCUCCUCUCAGAAAGUACUUGUUGGUAUUUAAAGGGAAAAGGUACCUGACUGGCAUAGGGUCUGAUACCAGGAAUGCCUUAUAUCACGUCCACAAUUCAGAGGAUAUUGUCCUCUUAACGACUUGUAAGCAUGGCAAAGACUGGCAGAAACACAAAGACGCUCGCUGUGACAAGGACAACGACGAAUAUGAAAAAUAUGAUUACCGUGAGAUGUUGCACAAUGCCACCUUCUGUUUGGUUCCGAGGGGCCGCAGACUGGGAUCUUUCAGGUUUCUGGAGGCUUUGCAGACUGCAUGCAUUCCAGUGAUGCUGAGUAACGGUUGGGAGCUGCCAUUUUCAGAAGUCGUUGACUGGAACCAAGCUAUUGUUGUUGGAGAUGAAAGAUUAUUACUGCAGAUCCCUUCAACAAUAAGGUCGAUUAAUCAGGACAAAAUCCUAGCACUUAGGCAACAGACACAGUUCUUGUGGGAAGCUUAUUUCUCAGUCCAGAGGAUAGUAUUGACAACAUUAGAGAUAAUUCAAGAUCGAGUUUUUAAGCAUAUAUCACGCAAUAGCUUAUUCUGGAAUAAACCUCCAGGAGGAUUGUUCAGUCAGCCGCAGUAUUCAACACAUUUGGGCGACUUUCCUUUUUAUUAUGCUAAUCUAGGUAUAAAACCUUUGUCCCGGUUUACUGCUGUUAUCCACGCAGUGACUCCGCUGGUUUCGCAGUCACAGCCAAUAUUGAAACUACUGGUAGCGGUAGCCAAGUCCCAGUACUGUGCACAGGUUAUUGUGUUAUGGGAUUGUGAUAAACCCCUUCCAGCCAAACACCGGUGGCCGUCCACUGCUGUGCCUGUUCUGGUUAUUGAAGGAGAAAACAAAGUUAUGAGCAGCCGAUUUCUGCCGUAUGAUUCCAUCAGUACAGAUGCAAUACUUAGCCUUGAUGAAGACACGGUUCUUUCUACCACCGAGGUGGAUUUUGCCUUCACGGUGUGGCAGAGCUUCCCUGAAAGAAUCGUGGGAUACCCAGCUCGCAGUCACUUCUGGGACAGCACGAAAGAGCGAUGGGGAUACACGUCUAAAUGGACAAAUGACUACUCCAUGGUCCUGACAGGAGCUGCUAUCUACCACAGGUAUUACCAUUACCUGUAUACUCAUUACCUGCCAGCCAACCUAAAGAACAUGGUGGACCAACUGGCCAACUGUGAAGACAUCCUAAUGAACUUCCUUGUAUCAGCUGUCACCAAACUGCCCCCUAUUAAAGUCACUCAGAAAAAGCAGUAUAAGGAGACGAUGAUGCAACAGUCCUCCAGGGCUUCCCGGUGGGCUGAUCCGGACCAUUUUGCUCAGCGCCAAACCUGCAUGAACACGUUUGCAGGAUGGUUUGGAAGCAUGCCUUUGAUCCACUCCCAGAUGAGACUGGACCCAGUUCUCUUCAAAGAUCAGGUCUCGAUACUGAGGAAGAAAUAUCGAGACAUCGAGCGACUCUAAUGAGCACUACGAGGCACAAAGCCAUUGGCUUUUGGGCAGCAUCCAAAUAAAGCCAGACUGCAGGAUGUUUGUCAACCCGGAGUUCAGGAAAUAACGCUGUGCAUUUGAUGACUCUUGGCUCCUAUCCGUUGAUGCACAAGACUCCCAAGAGCUUCAGCAAGGUGGCUGGUAUCAGCCUAUUGACAGGAUGUAUAUGUACUGUGUGACCAUUAGAAUUAACAUGUAUUUUGUCAUAAUAUCAAUCCAGAGUGGCAGGUCUGAUAUUCUGCCACGAGGAAUACAAAUUGCUCUAAAUCAGUGAAUGAAAAACCUGAAGAUCAAUGAAUUCUUUUUCCAUCGACACUGUUAGCACUGUGAAGAACAAAGUGAAACACUAUCCAAUGAUCAGAAUUGAGUGUCUUAAAUUUGGCCUGCACAUGAUUUUAAGGCCAACUUGCACCACGUAAUUUAGCUGGAGUUUGCAUGCAGGAGAAGUGAGUGGUGUUUAGAGUGAGCAGCCACCAGGAUUCGUAUAGGAAGAGAGAACGAGAGCUGUCGUUUCACCAGUGUUGUCUGCUAUGUUUACUAUUAGCAUGCAAAAGAAUAAAAACACACACAUUUGCACCCACUACAGAAGAAACCAUGUGUGUAGGAACUGUGCAAAUAAGCAGCUGAGAAGGGGUGGGGGAAGUCUGGCACUGCUGCACAGUUGUGAAUAGCCUGUUGAAAUCCACGCACAUACCUGCAUGUUAAUAUGCCUUACAGAUGAUUUGCUGUAUGGCUUUACUGGAUCACUGGGCUGACCUUUGGAAAUAAAAUGUUGGCUGUGUGUAUUUUAAACUGAAUGGCACAUAUGGUGCUCAGACAAGGGGGUAGCUCCUUGUUUCUAUAUAAAGUUCUAUUUUUUAAACGCAGGGGCUAUGUUAGUCUUUGCUCACAGGUACUUGAAUGUCUGAAGACUUGAAGGAGUGCUGAGCGUGUGGCCUUUUUUAAUCACUUUAUUUUGGUUAAUAAUGGUUCAGCCUAGUUUUUAUAUCUAAUUCUUUUAUUUUAAAUAGAAACCCCCAGUUCAUCUCACUUGCAGAAUCUCUCCGAUCAAUGUCUAGUCAUAAUUAAGGAUGUGAAAAAUGGGCCUUGUUAUAAUGUACAUAAUCUUGUAUAUUUAUUAUUUUGACAGAAUUGUGUAUAGUGUAUGGUUACAAACUGAUCGACAAAGCAAUGAUGGGAUACUUGGAUGGUUUAAACUGUAAAGCAAAACAAAAAAUAUUUUGUAUAAGAUGUACAUUUCUGAAGUUUUUCUAACAAAUUGCCAAUGUUUUUUCAUAGUGUACCAUUGCUUUAUAAAAGAUUUCCCAAGUGGUUAGAAUGGCAUGACUACAUAGUGGACUGAAACCUGCAGAGAAGGGGAGAGAAUACAAAGCCAUAUAUUGUGAUUCACUGCAUUAGCUAGCAAAAGGUAUAGCUCCAUCAUCAAACAUAGCCUCCAUAGGUAGUAUCACCAAAGACCUUUCAUCUGAUCUGUUGCUUUCUAAUAAUUUAACUGUAUUUUUAGAGCCAUUUGCAAGUUCAGUAUAUCUGUACAACUGAACACAAAGGUCAUGGAAUGAUUUUUUGUGUUUUUCACUACACUUUGUAUGUCUUUUGCUGCUUUGUGUUUUUGAUUCCUUUUUGUUGUAACUUGGGAGAGCUUACCUUUGGCAACCAUUUUUGUAUACGUUUACACAUGUAUGUCUUUAUGUAGUUGUGUGACAUGGUUGUGGUUGGUUCUGGUGAAAGGAUUUACAUGGCGGCCAGACUGCUGUUACUCCAGAACUAUUGUGGCUUCAGCUUUCCCUUCCCAAAACAGCUUCCUGACCGUUUAUUGAUUGAAUUCAUAGAUUUUGAAUGAACUGAAUAUGGGGGGUGUUGUACGGGACUGAUUUAGUAAUGGGGCUAUCGGCGCAAGGAUUACUGCAAUAAAAUUUAACACUUAGAAUUGACUGGAAGGCGGUGUUGCAAGAAAGUAGCAGACUUGAGGAGCUCUUCAUUUAAACACAGAAAAGGUGAAGCAAAUUUGGGGAGUGGAGAGAGAGGAGUUAAGGCCCCCAGAUUGCUACUUUGAAUUCACUGUUUUAAAAGUAACAUUUUGAUUUAAUUUGCGGAAACAUUAAAUUCCCGGUGAUUUACCUUAUUCAGAGUUGAUGGACGUGAGCAUGAGCUAUUUCUUCAUACAACUGGCAGAAGGUUGUUGCCUUGUACAUAUCAAAAAUCAUUUUUAAAAAUCUGUGAAAUUGCAGGAAUUCAGACAUGUGAAAACUGCUGAUUUUUUAAAAAGUAGAAAACAAUCAAUGUACAAUUUUUAAUUUUUUUUGCUUUAGGCAAAAAUACUGGAAUUACAGUAUGGAUUCAAUCCAGAUGAACCUUUGGAAAUGUUUCUGUUCUUGUGUUUUAGAAGUGAAGAAAUUGAUCAGGUUACCCACUUAAUGAAAGAAAGACGUGCAUUUUUUUAUAGUGCCUAUAAUGUCAAAACAUUUCAGAGCUUCAGUGUAAUUACUGUCCGGUGUACUGCCUUUUUUAAUGUAGACAAAAUGAGUGCAAUCUGCCAAGCUUUAAUUUUUUUUAAAUAAAAUGCAUUUAUAAUUUUUUAAAACAAAAAAUAAAUCCACAGGCAACUUGAUGCAUUCCUACGAUCAUUAUUGUGUGACUGCAGUUAUUUGAGUUUAGAGAAACCCACUGUGUAAGUGUCAGUUGUUUUUUUUAAGACUGGAGAAAUACAAUCCAGGAAUUUACACACAAGCCAGAACCUCAUUCAUAGAAAGCUGGAACUACAGGUCUCUGGAACAACGCCAGUCACGUUAAAGACCUCCACAGCAUGUGACGUACUGUCCUGUGUAAACCGUGAACCAGCGCCACUGUGUUUUCAAGUCUUACCUGGAAGCAGAAAGGGUUGUACUGGGGAGAUUCAGAAUGUCGUAUAUUUAUCUCUUCCCAAUGACAGGUCCUUUUGCUUCAGGAACACUGGAAUAAUUACUGGAUGAUUAUUGACAUUCCUGGGAGGUGUUUGUUUUUUCUAAUCCUGAGGGCACAGAUUCUGCUCCUGCAUCUUUCUUUAUGCUUAAUGCUUUGCCUAUUUAUAAUGAGACCGUUCCACACAGAAGUAUUCCAUUAGCCGUUUAUGCCCACACGCAUCCCAAGUUUCUGCCUCUGUAAUUAGUAUUAUGUUGGUUCACUUUUAUAGGUAUAAAUGAUUUUAAAAAAAUAGAAAAUAAAGGCAAUUUUGUAAGAUUUGGUUUUUAAAAAUAAAUGA